UCCGCCCGGCCCGGCGCCCCGGGGCCCGUUAGUGCUCCGCGCCCGCUCGCGGGGCCGCCGUGCGACCCCCGCCCGGCGCGAGCCCGCCCCUUCCCCCCGACACUUGACCCAGCGCAGUCCCAACGCCCAGUGCGGCCGCCCCAGGAGCCGCGGAGCGGCGGCGGUGGGGGGAGGAGGGAGAGGAGGGCCGUGCCGGCGGCCGGGGAGGCCCGGUUUUGAAGCCGCUUCUCUGCCCGAGUUAGGUCUCGCCCAGCUCUGUUUCCUUCUCUAUGUACUUUGCGCGAAUAAGUUUUGGAGCAUCGGUUAACAGCCUGUGGGUGAAAUUUGGCUUUCAUUCGUGAAUGAGGAAUUAUUCUUGACAGAAGUAUUUUAAAAGAAAAAUCCUUACAAUGGCCUCAGCAGUACUUAGUUCUGUUCCCACUACUGCUUCUCGUUUUGCCUUGUUGCAAGUGGAUAGUGGCAGUGGUUCUGAUUCUGAGCCUGGAAAAGGCAAAGGUCGGAAUACUGGAAAGUCUCAAACAAAUAAAUCAACUACAAAUGAGAAAAAAAGAGAGAAAAGAAGAAAAAAGAAGGAACAGCAACAGAGUGAAGCAAAUGAGCUCAGGAAUCUUGCUUUUAAGAAAAUUCCCCAGAAAUCCUCCCAUGCCAUUUGUAAUGCUCAGCAUGAGCUAUCAUUACCAAACCCGGUACAGAAGGAUUUACGGGAAGAAAAUUGGCAAGAGUGGAGACAAAGAGAUGAGCAGCUGACAUCUGAAAUGUUUGAAGCAGAUCUUGAGAAGGCAUUGUUGCUAAGUAAAUUAGAAUAUGAAGAACACAAAAAGGAAUAUGAAAAUGCUGAAAAUGCAUCAACUCAGUCAAGGGUUAUGAAUAAAAAAGACAAAAGAAAGACUCAUCAGGGAAAAGACAAACCUCUCACAAUAUCACUAAAAGAGUUUCAAUCUGAAGAUCACAUUAGUAAAAAGACUGAGGAAUUGAGUUCUUCUCAGACUUUAUCACAUGAUGGAGGAUUCUUCAAUAGACUGGAAGAUGAUGUUCAUAAAAUUCUUAUUAGAGAAAAAAGAAGAGAACAGCUUACAGAAUAUAAUGGAACAGAUAAUUGCACAGCUCAUGAACACAACCAGGAAGUAGUUCUAAAAGAUGGAAGAAUUGAAAGACUAAAGUUGGAACUUGAAAGAAAAGAUGCUGAAAUCCAGAAGCUGAAAAAUGUGAUCACUCAGUGGGAGGCAAAGUAUAAAGAAGUAAAGGCAAGAAAUGCACAGUUAUUGAAAAUGCUUCAGGAAGGUGAAAUGAAAGAUAAAGCAGAAAUACUUCUGCAAGUUGAUGAAUCACAAAGUAUCAAGAAUGAGCUAACGAUACAGGUAACUUCACUUCAUGCUGCGUUAGAACAAGAAAGAUCUAAAGUGAAAGUAUUACAAGCAGAAUUAGCCAAAUAUCAGGCUCUCUCUAGUUGAAGCAAACGGGGCUACUCUUCGUUGUGGUGCACCGACUUCUCAUUGCAGUGGCUUCUCUUGUUGUGGAGCAUGGGUUCUAGUUGCGCGGGCUUCAGUAGUUGCAGCACGAAGGCUCAGUAGUUGUGGCACACAGGCCCUUGAGCAUGUGGGCUUCAGUAGUUGAGGUGUGUGGGCUCAGUAGUUGCAGCGUGCGGGCUCUAGGUCAUGUAGGCUUCAGUAGUUGUGGCGUGUGGGCUCAGUGGUGUGGCUCGCAGGCUCUAGAGCACAGGCUCAGAAGUUGUGGCUCACGGGCUUAGUCGCUCUGCAGCACGUGGGAUCUUCCCAGACCAGGGAUCAAACCCUGCAUUGGCAGGCGGAUUCUUAACCACUGCGCCACCAGGGAAGUCCUGAUCAAAAUUUUUAUUUAAAAAAAAAAAUCUGGGACAGUGCAAAUGAGCUCUAAAAAAUAAGAUACUGGUGAUCAGACUAAGUCCAGACUAGUUCAAAUAGAUAACUGUUUUCUACAACCUACUUUAACCGUUUGUAAAAAUAACAACAGUUAUUGCUAUUUAAAAUAUGUAAAAAUAAUUUAGUGGUAUGUUCAUUCAAAUAUGCAACAAACUCAGAAAAGAAGUUCCUUCCUUUUCAUAGUCAAAAAUGCCUUUGAUCUCAUUUAUUCUUGAAAAGAAAAUGCCCCCAAAAUGUUAUUUCCUAAAUAAUUUACCCUAU